AUGAACCCGCUCAUGUACUUCGACAAGUGGGGUGAGGAGUCGAAGCACAACCCCGAGGCUCGCGCGGCAGAGCGGCUACUGGCGGCGAUCAACGGGCUGAACAAGCGCAACUCGAGCCGCCGCGAGCCGAUGACGGUGCAGCUGUCUGAUGAACAGCGGCAGGAAAUCGUGAACCGGUACGCCUCGACACAGUGGUACGCGCGGCUAUACGCGCCCUUCCGGGGCUUGACAGAGCGGCGUGUGAGGUGGGGCAUUCGUAUUUGCAAUGUGGUGCUGCUCGUCCUCGUCUCCUGCCUCAUUGCUGUCAUCGUAGUCAGCUACUUCAAGGAAAUGGACGCCGUCACGGAUCUCUCGCCAGAGGACCAGCGCGACUACGCCUACAUGGUGCGCGGCAUGCGGUACAGCGACAUCUACAAUCUCGGCAUGGAGGUGUUGAAGAAGGAAGACCCUCUUGAGGCGCUGCCGCCAGCGGUGCGGCUGCACAUGGUGAUUGAGGCGUGCCGGCAAAAGAAGUGGCACGAGCUCGACUGGGACGUGGAGCUGCGCAGAAUGCACCCCGCGUCCCCGCUGGAGGAGUUGGAUUAUCUUCAUCUCUUGUACUGGGCAAUAUUGCAGAUCGGUUCCCUGACCGGCGGUGGUGGUGUCAUGUUCAGCGAUCGCGUGCUCGAUGUGCGCGAGGUGCGGCAUGGCAACGCGGAGUCGGCCGAGGAGCGGGAGCGUUUUGUCGAGAUGGAGCCUACGUCGCUGCCCGCCAGGACGCAACGGGGCUUUUUCUGA